AUGUGGACUGUGGAAAAGAGGGUCUCCGUGUUGAAGAUCGAGAACGGGAAUGUGAAGUAUGAUGUCCUCAUCAAAGACACUAGAAUCCAGUGUAAAGAUACUGUGCUCACAGUUUUUAAGAAUUCACACAUCUCGAAUUCUAUUGCAGAAAUCCAGGUUCUGUCACCAAUGUCGUGCAAGCUUCCGGAUGCGGUGGCCGGUCCGCGGGGUGUAGAUGUUCCUGACGGCCCCAAAAGGCGCCUGAACGCCGCCCGUCACCUCCUUCAGAAAGACGUCGAAGCUGGACACCUUCUUCUCGUGGAUGACGACGCGGCGCCCCGCGAAGAAAGGGUCCCCGUUGCGGUACACCAGCACGCUCUUCACGACCGGCUGAGACAGGUGGCUGGACUUGGCGCCGGUGCCACUCAUCUUCCCCACGGGACGCCGCCCCAGCUCGCUGCUCAGGCGGAGGCACCUGCGCUGCCCCAGAGGCCUCAGCGCACACACGCAGGAUCGCGUCCUGAAACAAAUGGGACACUGACAACCCCACAGGUAAAAGAGGAGUGACGGCCGUGCGCCUGGUGUCCACCCAGCGGAGACACUGCACGCUGCAGGCCUCACGGUGGACGUUCGAGUAUUUCACCAGGGUCUGCACGACCAAUCAGCGCUCGCGGUGCGCGCACACCUGUCUCACAUGCUACCUGCGGAAUCAAGGUGUACCACCCCGGAACGCGAGCCCCGCGAGGGGCUUUAACCAGGCCAGCCCAGCGAAGGCAGAAGGGAGAGAGGUGGGAACGUACCCACACACUAUCAAUAUGGUGAAACCCAGUUUCUAACGUCAUAUCUGCUACUCUUUCCGAACAGUUUAAAUUCUUUUCUUCUCCUGCUUGCUCCCAAAUUAAAGAAAUUAAGAUCCUGG